AUAAUGCUUUUGUUUUGCAUUAUUCUAUAUGCACAUUCCAUCGCUUAGAUUUUGUAGUUUAUAGCACAGUGCACUGUGGUUAAUAGUUUUAAAUCUAUUUGCAUUCCUUGUAAAGUUUAAAAUUGAUAUUUAAGUACAAAUUAGAAAACAAAUGCUAAGCUCAUAAUGUGUGUGGUGAAACUAUUUUACCUUCUCGGCGCCGUGAGCAUAGUUUCGGCCCAGUAUAAUCAGUUGGAACAAAAACAAAAUAGAUGUAUUAUACCCAAAAUUCUUCAGGGAAGUUGGUUCUCAUGGGAAACUGGCACACCCACACUAACAGUCAUAGAUGCGACCUCGAUGUCACGCAGAGGUGUUUGUAUAACGAUGUCUGGACACGGAGAUGAGUAUCACUUUAUAUUUAAAGAGCGCUCAGCAAAUUGUUAUCACUGCGUCCGAACGGUCAUAAGGACGCUUAAUGUGUUUGAGAAAGUCGAAGGACCUUGCAUUUCUAUACUCGCGGGAUCAGAGCCAAGCGUGGAAAAUGUUUGUAAAGGAAUUAGGGACGACCAGCAGCUAGUGACUUUAUUCAAUGAAAAUUUUGUGCCUCUCAAUUGUCGUUCUUCAUUAGAAGGCGUGUGGCACUUCACAUACCAGAAUCGGUUCCGGUUUACUGGUGUUUGUAAUAAGCCUGAUGCUCGCAUUCAAUCUUGUCAAACUGCUGGUACGCAGUUCUUGAUACAAAACCAAAAGUUUAACGUCACCUACCAGCAGUGUGAGGGUAUGGAAGGCACCUUCACCGGUACAGUAGAGUAUAGUUGCUUAGGAGAUUGGUUUGUUGGCAAAAACCAUUACUUUGCGGUCGCCAAUACCAAAGAAUCGCGCAAAGAUGAAAAGUAUCGAUGCUUCCUUAAGAAUCGGGACGAUGAUUUGUACAUCGGUGUUUCUAUUACGGCCGAAUGUAAUACAUUAAAAACGCCAGAAAAUUCACCAGAACGUCUAAAGCUUACACCUGUAAAAGCAGAAUACGUUGAACCGGGUUGCACACUUCCGCAAAAUUUUUCGGGUGAAUGGGUAAACACAGCAAAUAUUGAUGCUGAUGUAUCGAUUAGUGAAACUCACAUCAAUGAAACUUACUACCCAGAUCGAGCCCGCUACCGACGUACUAUAUAUGUUUGCCGUGAGCGGCGUGAUAAUCGAAUAAUGAUGGCACGUCUUACGGUUGACGGUUGCCAAAAAGAUUAUGUAUGUUUCGAUUUUCAGCCACGGCAUCAUAACAUCAUACGCUAUCGCAAGGGUUUAGCUGUUAUUAAGGACGAUUUCAGUACAGUAUGCUCCUGGGUGCAAUUCAAAAAUGCCGAAGCGUGGAAAUAUGACUUGUUUUUGGCAAAGAAUCCGUUGCCAGUACGUUGCCCUGUGGCAGGAAAAUUCAACUUUACACAGCAUGGAGAGCAUCCUUUUAAAACGAGAAUUCUUGGAGGUGUAACGCUAAGUCCUCGGCCGAAUAUACAUUGCAAGCAAAAUAUAUCAGAUAUGUCGGUAUGUGAUACGGAUCAAAAAGAACUGGCUAUUGAUGAAAAUUACUGUCUGUCAGUGGAUCAUUUGGGAAGGCCUGUGGAUAUAUAUAGUGAUCCGGAUUAUCGCAUGAAAUGCAUUGGUUUUUGGAAAGAGAAUCUUAAAUCCUAUCUUAUCACUUAUGAUGACCUGGAUCCGCUCUCUAAGUACCGAUGCUGGGUAUAUCAGCGCGCUGACUUAAAUCGCGUGUUAAUGUCGCAAGCGGUAGGCGCCUUUUGUAAACUAAAUCAAGACGUUACCUCGUGGAAUCACACCGAGGGUGCAGCAGUUGCCAUUGAUGCCAUAGAAUACGAGCGAGAACGUGACGACUGCCCUAUGUACUUUGACGAUGGCGCAUACCCAUGGAAAGAUUCAGAUGCGUCCAACAUCAUAUUCGAUUGGGACUUUUAUAAGGCAUCAGCUAGUACUUUAAUAUCAUAUGCGAGUUUUUCUUUUAUAAACCUUAUAGCUUGCAUUCUAUUUUGGUUCUCAUAUCAAAUUUAAAUAUUUUGGGUUUGAGGAAAGUUUACAAAUUUCUCAAUUCAACGAAAUUAGU